AUGAUGAAAAACGGCCAAGAUAACAAUGAUGAUGACAUUAAAACUUCGAUGUCAGAGGAAAACAAGUUAAGACAACAAGAAACAAAUGGUAAUCCACUCAAGAGUGAAGCGACAACAAUGAACUAUAACAAUCGUGCAUUUAUUCGUCACAAUAUCCCUUGCUUUUCGCAUCGUGGUAUACUACAAUAUUAUCGUACUGCCGAUGUUCUCCUCAAUCCACCACUUUAUCUACAUAUAAUUAAUAGACUGAAAACGGUAAUUGAGAACAAUUCAUCGUCGAUUGAGUGUUUGGCAAGUAAUGCUAGUCGAGGACAUUUGUAUGAACCUACUGUCGCAGCUCUCCUACAGUUACCUCUAAUCUGCAUACAAAAGGCCAACGGACUGCCCGGACCUACGCUACAGAAGGAUUAUUCAAUGGUCUAUUCAAAAUCUGAACGCUUGGAAAUAGCUUAUGAUGAAACAAUAAAACAGUCAAUCGAUGGAAAAUAUGUAGCUUUAAUCGAUGAUUGUAUAGCAGCAGGAUGGUCAAUUCUGGCUGCUGCACAACUGAUUGAACAGGCUGGUGGAAUAGUGGCUGGAUGUUUUGCUCCGUUCAAUGAUACUAGGCAUGGACGUUUAGAGUUGUUUCAAGAAAAACUGCAGAUGAUGACUACUACGUUUUAUGUUCUUAACGAAGAAUAG